AAAAAUUUGCAAUAAAAUAUAAUUUAAGUAAAAGAAAUAUACAAAUUUGAUUUAUUGAAAGAAUUUUAAAACAAAAAGUAAUAACUUGUAUUUUUAAGAAGUAAAACAAAAACCGACCAAAAAAUGUAUGGAUUUAUAAACAACAAGUCGUAUAAAAAAGGAGAAACCGGUUUAACAGCCUCUUGGACAUAAAAUUGAAAAAAGAAAAACAUAAAAUUUAAAAGAACCCAAACUCUAUAAUAAUACGAGUAACUCCAAACUCAAUCUACUCUACUACAAGCAAUAACUGCUUCACUUAAAUACACACAUCUUGUUAAGGUUGAGAUACUCGUGUAAAUUGGUUUAUACUAUAGAUAUUUUAGUGCCCCUUUAUGUACCAAAGAAAGAUCGAAAGAAGGAAAAAAGAGUUCUCAUACUCACUCAUCUAAUAUUUAAUUUAUUAACUAACAAGCCAUAUGUAUUAACAUUAAACUCCAGGAAAUGUAUUAUUAUUUAAGAAAAUAUAUGGAAUAAAUGAAUAUUUAUGCACAUACAUACAACAUACAUAUUUAAUUUAUGUAUGAGCAUUUAUUAUGCGUGGAGGUGCGUGUUGAACUGUAAUUCUUUAGAUCAAUUUAAAGAAUCAGGAAUAACUAUUUUUUUUGAGAUCGAAUACGAAGUGGAAAGAACAGCUGAAUAACAAAUAAAUAAUAAAAAUUUACACAAAAUGGAAUUGGAUAAUGUUAGUGUGGCGGAGAGGAAACCUAUUAAUGUGCCAAAUUCUAUAAAAAGAACUUCAAUGAAUCCUUCCCUAACCAGUUCUAUAGACAAUGUUAUUUACCCACCGUCACAUCAGUAUCAUUAUAUACAGUAUUAUCAACAGUUGCCUCCACAGCAACAGCAACAAUUUCAGUUGCAACAACAACAUCAGUAUGUAAAUCCUUCUGCCGCUCUUAUGUCCGCAACAACAUCAUGCCAAUGCAGCUGUUCCUGUGGUAACCAAGCCCAACAAUUACAGCUGCAACAACAGCAGCAACAACAACAGCAGCAGAAACAUCAUGCUGCACAUCAUUCUCAUCAGAGUAGUGUGGAUUCGCAAAUGGUUAAUGUUAUUGUACAUCGACAGGCUAGUGGCAGCAAUAGCAGUAGUAGCAAUGAAAAUACCUCUACGAACACCAAAACUAAUUCUUCCUCUAUCACUUCACAAGCUCUGACUCACAAUCCAGAUUUACCAAAAAAAUCACAAUCGGAAACUUCUUUACUAAAUCAUUCCUAUCAGGCCUUAAAGAUGUCCGAAUCCCUAACCGAAAAUAUAUUUGAUUGUGCUUCGGGCGGAAAAAAAAAGUUAAAAAGAACCUCUAGUUGCGAUUGUGAUUUAGAAUGUACGUGUGUUGAAAAUGACAAUGACGAUGUUGAUGACGAGAAGCUGGGGGAGGGGACAGAAGAGAACGGACCCAAUAAACGCAAUAAACGUAGAGACAAUCACCACCACAACACACAUCUGUCGCACAAGCAACAAUUUGUUUUAUCGGAAGCCAUGUUGACCGCAGAUGAAAUCACAGUUAGUGAAUCAGAUAACAAUAGUACGACGGUAAAACGUUGUGAACGUAAUCAAAGUAAUAAAUCAAAAUCACCUGGGAAAAAUUCCAACACUGAUGAAUUAAACUACCACAAUGCUAAUAACAUUGAUAUCUAUAGUGAUGGUGAUGCGGAAGCCAUAACGGAGGCAUGUCUAAAAGAGACAAACGGAAUACCUAAUGGAGGUUCUUCGGAUCUAAGACCUCCUUUACCACCGAGACCGCCGCCUAGACCAAAAACGGUAGCGGGCUCUUUAAAUGCACGAGCCCGUCCUGGAAUGGUUAUAAAAAAAUAUGUAAUCUGGUGCUUGGUAUGUGGAGGAUUUUCCUGCAUUUUGGGACUUUUAUUUUUAGGAGUAUAUUUUCUACUGCAUUCCUAUACCAUUACUGUGGGUAAUUUUGAGACCGUUCCGACAUUUGUUCCCGCCACCUUGCUUAUUCUUACUGGGUUAUGCGUCAUGAGUUUGGCAAGAAGGCGUAAUCGUUAUAGUUAUUUGAUAAAAUUGUCUGGUGCUUGUGGAUUAAUUUCGGCUUUAACAUGUGCUUUGGUGACGGUUACAACGACAGUAUUACACAUGAGCCGCUUGCAGGCUCUACGAGAAUGCGAAUAUGCUCAAAAGACUCGUACGUGUACAUGUUACUCGGAUUUAAUAGAGUCGCAAGUGGAUCGAGUGGAUAAAGAAGGAGUUCGUUUGGUUUUCGACUCUUUAUCGGACUGUGGAGUGGUACAUGGCUCAUUGUACUCCUGUCUCAGAGCAAUAUUUGGUUUGUCUGUAGCGGGUGUAUUAGUGGCGGUUUUCAGUUGUAUGCUGGUCUAUCAAUUGUUAAGCCAUGAACGCAAAAAAAUGUAUUGGGAACAGUUGGAACUGCGUUGUCGAUCAUUGUAUACUCGUCCACAAAUGCCGCCACAAAACAUGGCUGCUGUUGCAGCUCCUCAUGGCUGUAGAUGCUGUGAACAAUGCCACGCUCACCGACAGGCUCCUUUGCAGACAUCUGCUUAUCCCUGGGAUGAGAGUACAGAACCACGAUUUUGGUCUACUCAACCUCCGGGUAACUUUUAUUCUCCUAAUCCAGGAGGGGACGAUCUGACAGCUAUGGCAACCAAUUGUCGUAGUCAUGAACUUUCCACUUCUCGCAGUAGGGGGACUGGUUGGAGUUGGAAUCGUUGGUGGCAACGAAACUCACCAGAUCCCAAUUCACGCUUUCGACAGACUCCCUCAAGUCCCGACUCACAAUAUGGGUUCUCUAAUAGCACCAACAUGCCAGUAAAUAACAUAACAGAGGAAGUGGUAAAUGCCAAUCCAGGUCAAUUUAAUAUUAUUCCAAACAAUUUACCGUACGGUGUAUGGGGUCCUCCACCACCCUACAGUGAUCCCAAUAGUCCAGCUAGACGUGGUUACUACCAAUAUAUUCAACCGACUCAUCAUUUGAACACUGCCACUGGUCCACCAAAUGUAAAUAAUAUAAUUAACUCAAAUACCACUGACCUAGCUCAUGGUCAGUUUAUGGAACAACCAGCAGCAUCAAACUGUUGCCAACAAUCUUCAAUGCCGCGAUCUACUAAUUCUGUGAUGGGUAGUGUAGGUAAUUUUAAGUCUAAAGGAGAAUAUGAAAAUACUCCAUCUGACAGCGAUUGUGGUGCAAAUGUAAGAGAGAGGGACCGAUUUUCAAAUACUUUGCCCACACGCAAAAUAAAGAAACGUUUAGAACCUGGAAACAAAAGUAUUGGACCCAAUUCACAGAGUUCUCAGCGUAUUAAUGUUCAACAAGUUUUUGCAAAUGUUGAUCAGGGGGAAGACGAACAGGAAUAUCAUGAACCACAAAGUUUAGGAGAAGACUCUUUAACAUCUGUUCAACGUAAUAAGUGUGGAGUUGAGAAUAAUGGCUUCCAAAAUAGUUGUGAAUCAACGAAUGCGGCACAGAAUGCAGAUCAACAAAUACAUUCUUCCAGUGAUCCCGCUGAAUCUGAAGUUUAUUUUGCGGAUGUAAGUAGUUGCUGCAACAUGUCGGUAAAAAAUGAUCACUACUAUGAGGACACCAGAGCAUCGCAAAGAACUUUGAUACCACCAAAUCAACAACAUCACGUUCAUGGACACUCACACACCCAUCAUCAUCAUCAUACACACGCCGUCAAUGCUCAACAUCAGCUCAAUAACUGUAGCAGCAGCAAUAAUGAAGACUAUUUGGCCCAACGCUUUGGUCAGCGUGAAAAUUCUAUACGUAGUCGUCUUCCAUUCCCACAAAAUCCCAAUGUCGUUAAUGACGGUUUCGUAGAAAAUCUGAAAAUGUUAACAACUACUGCUAAUAAGGAUAAUCAGCAACUGAAUCAUGCUCAAAUUCCCAAGGAUACAUCGCGACAAAGUAUGUGUUCUGUGGAUUCAGAGGCCAAGACUGAAUUUACUGAUCUCUCACCAUUAACGCCAUGCAGCAAUAAGAUCAGCCAACUACAAGAUUUUGUUGAAGCCAGCUCUCAGGGUGCCACUACUCCAACGAAUUUUGUUGCCUCGUAUCCAUUUUCGUCAGAAUCGCAAAGUUUAGAAGCCCACCGCCGAUCAACCAAAAAUCUAACAGAAGCUCACUAUGAGGUGAUAGAUGACCAACAAACUGGACAUCAAGUUGGCCGCAACAUUGGUCGCACAACCAACAAACCCAAGUCCAACAUUAAGCACGCGGCCAGAGAACGCAAAGACAAUAGCGACAGGGAAUGGUCAUCAGAUAAUAGCAACGGAGAACGUCAUAAGUUAUGAAAUGAGGUUUUCGUUUAAAAUUAUUUGUAGCUUUUAAUUCAAUCACUUUAAAUGAAAAUUAGAUGGAGCUAUGUUAGAUAACGUAUCACUGGUAAACGUUGGAUAACGUAUUUGUGGUAAACUUGGAGAAAUUCUUUUGGUUACAUUUCAUAUUUAGUUGAAUUUAAGAAAAAAAUGUUUUUGUUUAGGUCAAAUGUACAUUUUUUGUUAAAAAUUUUAUAAUUAAUAACGAUAUUUUACGUUUAUUUACUAUUUAAUUAUUACGUUAUAAUUUACUUUGUAUUUUUGUUAUCUAGCGUAGCUAACUUAACUUCAACUUUACUGCCAUUCGAAAUCAUUUUUAUAUUAAAUAUUUAAUUACAUACGUAUGUAUGUAUUAUUAAAGUAUUAAAAAAAAAUUACGUUUAUUUUAUGAACUCACAACAAUUAAAUAUUUGCAUGUGAAAGAAAAGUCCAAAAUGAUACAAAAAAAAAAUUAAAAUGCACUUAUCCUAUUUAUAUAGUUUUUAUUAUAUAUAUACAUAUGUAUAUUUG